AUGUCAAGUGACCAAAGUACAUCAAAUCACUUGAAUCAAAAUUCUAAAACUAGAUUACAAAAUCCUAAUCUCACAUUUGCUCCCGAUAUCAAACACCCGCCGCACUCCUCAUUCAUUAAAGACCAAACCAAUACAAUUAGAACUGUACCCAAUUCACCAUAUUUCGACAGUUGCUCGUCACCACCAUCAUCAAAUGCAUUUACCUCAGGAUCAAGACCUUUGACUAAAGUCAAAUCAUUGGGGAAAAUCGACAUUCGAUCUCCUAUCCCCAUAAAUUCUGUUUUACAAACACCAAGGAUCCCAACUUUAGAUCAAUUACAAGAUGAAACCUAUUCUUUAAGAACAACUCAAACAAAUGAAUCGAUGAGAAGUAGAUUCUUUGGGAAAGUACAUGAUACUUUUAUUUCAAUAAGAAUUUUUUACAAUGACUUCACAACCAUUGAUUGGACAAAAGCUUAUCUUAAGGGGAAUCAAUUUAAUUUCUCAAUAGAGAAAAAACAAUGGGUUGGUGAUGAUUGUAUUAACGAUGGUCAAGCAAUCCCUUUCUUUCAUAGAGCUUAUUAUACUUUGGGUAAAUGGUUUCUUAUUUUAAUUAUUGCAUUCUUUUUUUCUAUUAUAGCAUUUUGCAUAGAUAAAGUGGAAAUUUUACUUGUUGGUUUCAAGCAUGGAUAUUGUCGAACCAAUUGGUUUGCCAGUCAAAUUUCUUGUUGUAUCGAUAAUUCCAAAAAAUUAAAUGUAUUUAAAAGUGGAUAUGUAACAGACGAUACUUGUGAUGAUUGGGUGAGUUGGAACAAGUUUUUCCAUGAACAUUGGUUAAAUGCAGUGCGAUUCGAUUUUAUAAUUUAUGUUGUGUUGACAAUUCUUUUGGCAAUAUUUGCUUGUCUUAUUACAUUAUCGACAAAAAUUACUGGUGGGUCAAUACCUGAAGAUCAAUCAAAUCUUGGAAAAGAAACACCUGUUGAUAAUGAAAAUACCACCAACCAGGGGAGAUCUGUUUUGGUUAAGCCAAGAGUGAUCUAUACAGCAACAGGAUCGGGUGUGCCUGAAGUGAAAACAAUCUUGUCUGGGUUUGUAAUUCGUCGGUUCUUGGGGACAUACACCUUAAUUGCAAAAACCGUGGCAUUGGUUUUCGCUAUUGCUCUGGGGAUGUCAUUGGGGAAAGAAGGUCCUUAUGUUCAUUUGGCAACUUGUGUUGGAAAUAUAACUUCGAGAUUUUUCCCAUUUAUUUAUGAAAAUGAUUUUUUUGAAAAACAAAUUUUAUCUGCUAGUGCAUCUGCUGGUGUAGCUUUAGCAUUUGGAUCCCCCUUAGGUGGUGUUUUAUUUAUUCUUGAAGAAAUUAACAAUUAUUUGCCAUCUAACCAAUUGUUUCAAAUCUUCUUUUGUGCAAUAAUUUCAACAUUAUUUUUAAAAUUCUUGAACCCUUAUGGAACUGGGAAAACUGUAUUAUUUGAAUUGGAAUAUUUUUCAGAUUGGAGUCCUAUAGAAUUGAUUUUCUUUGUUGUUAUUGGAAUUAUGGGUGGAGUAUUUGGUGCCAGUUUUAUUAAAUUCUCUCAAUGGUGGGCUAAAAAGUUUAGAUCAAGCAAACACAUCAAAACUCACCCGAUAUUUGAAGUUUUCCUUGUUGCAGCAGUAACUGGUAUAAUUUCAUUCUGGAACCCUUACACAAAACAAGCCUCGGCAGAAUUGGUAUUAGAUUUAGCGACACCAUGUAGUGGAGGUGAAUUGGACCGGUCAUUGUGUCCACAGACAGAAAAACAAUUGAUAAACGAAUUGACGUCACUUUUAUUUGCAUUUGUGGUUAAAGUUCUUUUAACAUUCAUCACAUUCGGGUUGAAACUACCUUGUGGGAUUUAUGUUCCUUCAAUGGUUUGUGGAGCAUUAUUUGGUCGAAUUUUUGCAUUGUUCAUUAGAUGGUUGGAGUUUUUAUCCAGAAAAUCGUCGUCUUCUUCGUCUUCCUCGCUUUCUUUGUUUGCACAGCCAGCUCCACCAUUAAAAUUUGGGUUAUUGUGCUCGUCUGCAGGUCCUCAUUGUGUUGAUAUGGGGAUCUAUGCCAUGAUUUCUGCAGGUGCAUUCAUGGCAGGAGUUACCAGAAUGAAUAUAACAUUGGUAACGAUUUUGUUUGAAUUAACUUCAUCUUACACGUAUGUUUUACCAAUUUCAAUUGCCAUAGCUGUGGCAAAUUGGUCAGGUGGAUUAUUGGAGAAGAAUUCACUUUAUGAGUCGUUACUAAUAAGCAAUGACUAUCCAUUUAUGGCACCAGAAACUGAACCCAUAGACCCAUAUGUGUCUGCUGGAGAAAUAAUUAAUCAAGAUUCUGUUCCCACAACCCGGAUUUCGCGACAUAUACCCCCAGAUAGGCAAUUGUAUAUUGAUGUUAGUGAUUCCGGUUACGUUCCUGUUUCUACUUUAGAGUCCAAACUUCAAAUGUUGGCUGAUAGAUGUUUGCUUGAUGGAUGUAUUGCUUUGAUCAAAAAUCAACUAUGUGUUGGAUUACUUUUCUUUCUGGAAUUGGAAAUAUGUCUUGAUCAAAUUAGAGCAUUUACAUUGAAACACGAUGUGAAAGAUGAACUUUAUUGUAAUUUGUUCGACGAUGGUGAUGAUAAAAGUCUUUCAAAUUCUCGUGCUACACAUAAUGACAAAGUGGUUAAAAACAUUUUAAACCAAAGUUUAGAUUAUUUUAACUAUGGGGCAAUUAAUGAGGAUGAAUAUUUAGAAAUGAAAGCUUCCAUUGAUUUGUUAACAAAUUUGACAAAUUUCGUUGAUCGUGUACCAAUGUUUAUCAAUUAUGAUACCGAAUUGUGUUUUGCGCAUUUGAUUUUCGAUAGAAUUGGGAAUAGAGUGAUUGUUUUGAUAAAAGAUGGCAAAUACUAUGGGGUGUUACAUAAGAAAGUACUUAUUGACUACCUUAGAAGAAGAACUGAAUAG